AUGUCCUUUCGCGAUUUGGAGCAGGGGCUGGGUGGCGAGGACCAGACGCCGCUCGCGCCGCGGGGCCGUAAUGCCGAGCGCGAUGUGCCCAGCAGCCGCGCGGAGAGCACCGAGUUUAUGCGGCUCACGGAGCAGGUCGGCCUCCACGUAUUCCGCAUCAAUGCCAACGUCUCGACGCUGCAGAAGCUCGAUGCGCGCCUGCGCAAGUCGGGCUACCAGUCGAACGAUGACCUGCGCCGCCAAUUCAACGACCUGAGCGAGCAGACGCGCUCGAUCGUCAAGGACGCGACUGACGACGUCAAGGCCUUGUCGGCCUUCCCGCUGCGCUCCAGCCCUGGCUCGACACGCUCGUCGCCGGCGGUGCUGAUGCAGUCGAAGCAGCAGCGCGACUUUCAGCAGGCGCUUGCGGCAUUCCAGGCGAUCCAAAAGUCGGGCAUCCGCAAGGAGAAGGAGGCGCUCGCCUACGUCAAGGCCCAGACCGACGCCGCGGACGAGUCCACCGCCGAGAGCGCCGAGCCGCUGGGCGGACUGCAGCAGGAGGUGCAGGUGCCGCGCAUCUCGCAGGCCGAGCUCGAGUUCCAAGAAGCGCUCAUUGCCGAGCGCGAGGCCGAAAUCCGCGAGAUCGAGACGGGCGUCCAGGAACUGAACGAGAUCUUCCGCGACCUGAGCCACAUCGUCCAGGAACAGGGGGGGAUGAUUGACAAUAUCGAGUACAAUAUCGGAAACAUUGCUACGAAUGCCCACGGGGCAGAUCGCGAACUGCUCCAGGCACACAACUACCAACGCCGCGCGGGACGCCGCACAGCGUGCUUAAUGGUGAUCGUGGCCUUUGUGAUUGCAGUCGUGCUGCUGGCGCUCCUCGCAUAG